ACAUAAUAAAAUGGAGGAGGACAGGUCAGAAUCAGAAAACGAGUCAGAGGAGGACGAGACAAGCGAGGAGGAGAAUGACUCAGAGCACGGGGAAACUACAGAUUAUGAAGAGGAGGUAGUAUCGUACUGGCAACGUCUACAAAAUGGUGUUGUUGCCUAUCCUUCUAGUCUACAGAACCAAUGCUUCCUAUUCAUAAUGGGCCACUUGAGAGAGAUACCGCCUACCGUACUCUCUUUACUGCCUCGCUCAAUGAGAUACAAACUCCUUCUUCAUUUACCAGCAGUUGAUGUGUGCCAAUUGGAAGACACACCGGUCACGUCUGGUAUAACAAUGAAUGAGAUAUGGGAGAGACUCUGCAAGGAGAGGUUUCCUGUUAACGAGGAUGAUGCAAGUUCAGACAAAGCUUUCGACUUUAGUCAGAUUACGCCAGAAAUAAUAUCAGAAAACCUAGGCACAGACUAUGGCUAGAAGGACAUAUAUUUCGACCACUUUUUAAAGCUGGUGGUGGAGCAUGGAGAGCACAUUUGUGAUUGUGUGUAUUCUCAUUUCAAUUCUGAUCUCUUGUUUGGCAUUUAUCGAUCUAAUGAGGCUAUGGAACUAUUCGAUUCAUUCGAUCGUAGCAUUCGUAGCUCUCACAAUGUUCAUCGUGCUGCUCACAUGUGCCCACGAUUCACUCCACGGCGUUAUAUUGAUGAGUAUUAUGAUCCAGGGAUUCCAUUCAGAUCCCAUCAUGGUCAUUCACAGCGUGUUGUCAAUGACAUUGGGCAACUGAUUGGGCUACUUGCAAACAGUUGUCAUUAUUUACCAAAACAUAUUUCUAUCUCUCGUAAGCAGCUGUCUAAUUUCUGGGACAUUAUUGAGAAAGAGUCUCUCCACAAAGAAGCCUCUCUCUUCCUAAGUUCUCUUGAAGCUCUUAAUGUGGAGUAUUUGUAUAAUCUUUCAGACAGUUCCUGUCAUCCGAAAUUGGAGUUCAUUGCUGAUUUGAUCUUUAACAAGAUUAAACCACAUAUUCAAGUAUUGGGAGUGUCUCAUCAUCUUGGCGUUAUCUAUCCUUACAUAGCAAAAUCUAAGGAGUGCCAGCUAAGGAAGUUUACUGUAAUAUGUGAUGUCCCUGCAGUUGACGUUGUUUCUCAAGUUUUACAAAAGUUUAAAGAUUUGGAGGAUGUUGACGUACUCAUACACAGCUGGUCCUGGGAUAGUCAUGCUCCAGGUACCUCUAAACUAACUUCCUUUGUCAGUUCUAUGAAUGAGUUGUUCUACUAUCCAAAAAUGAAAGAGCUCUCCUUCAGUACUAACAAACCUGUUUGCACAAGUAGCAACAUUCAAGCUAUUUUGCAUCACUUCUUUUCGUCACCUUAUCCUGUGUCACUCUUGUUGAAAUUAAACUGUUCUGUGUUUUCUGAUCAGCUUCAGCCACAGAGUAUCGAGUAUGACAUGGAUCGAAUGAGCACUAAAUCUCUUACUGUUUAUUACAGCUCACUAUCAUCUGAUUUGGUAUCUAUCCUGCCAUCAAACCUAAGCCUGAGGUCUUUAGAACUAACCGGAAAUGAGACCAGCACUCUGCACUGUUUCUCUAAUCUCAAGUUGAUCAAAUCAGCGAUACAUUUACUCUUGCACUCACCAAACCAGACAUGGAUCUGUUGUCUCAAUUUCUUCGUAUUGUCACUGCAAAGGACUGGGAGCUGGAUAUACCAAGUAUGGAUGCAGCUGAAGUCAUUCUUAAUUUCACAAGUUUAGUUUCAAGCAUUGAAGGUCGUCUUAAGAAAUUAUGUAUUGAAUAUGAUUUAGCUGAAUCCUCUAUCUUUACACUCUUUGAUUCUAUCUUUCAUUCUAUCUCUGGUAGCAGUCCACCAUAUUUCGAACUUGGCCUAACUGUUAAUGAGUCUGAUUAUGAUGAUGAAGCUCGAGCUGAACAUUAUAAGAAUAUUUACGAGUCUUGGAAGAAAACUGGAGCUGCCAAACUGAAGUUGAUAGAGAUACAUAGUUCUUGCCCAAUAGAUAAAGAUGAUGAGAAAAACAUUAUGACUGAUAUGGCAAUUAUGUCUGAUAUGACCAUUGAGUUAAAAUUUGAUAAUAGAUAAAAGAAAUUUUUAUAUUAGCAGUAGAUUAUUAUAGAAAUUAACAUUUAGAGUAAAUCAUUAAUAAAA